AUGUCACGUGAAGACCAGAAAGAUGAGACUAAGGACAAUAACCUAUGCGUCGAGACGACUGGGAAAUUUGUAGGGAAUAUCAGAGUGCGCAAUGGAAGCGUGAACAGAAACUGCACCCCAUCUCUUCACGUGAAAAACCAGAGAGAGAACAGUGAGAGAACUCAAGAAAGCAAGGGGGGAGGUCGCCGCUCAAGCCGCCACCACCGCCGGGACGCCGUCGUACACGCGAGAGAGAGCUUUGCGAGAGGGAGAGAGAAAUCGCGAGGGAGAAAGAAGGUGAAGGGGACUUGGACAGCAAGAGAUUGUUCUUCCAAACUUCAUUCUCUUCUAUUUUCAGAUCAAGAAUCAAGUUGUUGUUGCUGUAUGAAUGUGGCUGCUGUUUUGCUGGUGCUGUUAAUUAUUGUUGCUGUUGCUACUCGAAAAUGGAGGCUGCUGUUGCUGUUUUUGGUUGCUGUUUUGCCCAUUGCGCUGUUGCUGUUUGUUGUUACAGAAAUUUACCUGUUGCUGCUAGUGCAUGACUUUGCUGUUUUUCUUGUUUUGUUGUAGUUGUGUUGCCCGUAAUUUGCUACAUGGUACCUGAGCUUGUACAUAUUUGAUUUAUUGGUUUUUGUUUAGUAGCAGAAUGGCUUUCCCAAGAUUGUGGUACUCUUUUUCCUUGCUUGGUUUUUAUCCCACUGAGUUUUUCCAAGUAAGGUUUUAAUGAGGCUCUUUCUUGGGAUUUUGUUUUGGUCAUUCUGCGGGUUGGUGGUGGGGUCUUAGCAAAGCUCUGGGUGUAUAUGUUGAUUUCGACUGCUCUUUUGUAUUUGGUUCUUGA